UACAUGUAUUGUAUGUUGUAGGAAAAACAAUAAGCUGUUUUUAUUUUUUUGGUGUAUCGGAAUUCGGUUUAAAUGAUACGGAAAGUGUAUUUUGCUUUUACAACUCCGAAUAAACGUAUCAGCUGCUUUUGAUAAUUCCUACGCUAGCAUUAAACAAUCGUAUUAAGCAGAUUAUACGAUUAAGAAAGCAAAAGUUUUCACAGAAUGACGAGCAAACAUAUUUAUUCCACCACAAAUUUAUCUGACCUGCAAUUGAAAGAGCAGGGCAAUAUUUUAUUUGCUGCCCGCAAGUAUGACGAUGCUAUUAUUUGCUAUUCGAAGGCCAUAAUUAAGAAUCCAACAAAUGCAACAUACUUCACAAAUCGAGCACUUUGCAAUCUUAAACUGAAGCGAUGGGAGCUCUGCUGUCAGGAUUGUCGUCGAGCUUUGGAUAUUGAUGGCAACCUACUGAAGGGUCAUUUUUUCUUGGGACAAGGUCUAAUGGAAAUCGACAAUUAUGAUGAAGCUAUAAAACAUUUACAGCGCGCUUAUGAUUUGUCGAAGGAGCAAAAGCAGAACUUUGGAGAUGAUAUUACAUUGCAGCUCCGAUUGGCACGCAAAAAACGUUGGAAUGUCAUGGAGGAGAAGAGAAUACAUCAGGAAAUUGAACUACAAAGCUAUUUGAAUCGUUUAAUAAAAGACGACAUGGAAAAUCGUCUUGCCAGUUUGAAGUUAAAUGAGAAUUUAAACGAAGAACAUUUAAAAGAUAAACAACAGGAAAUUGAACAAGAAAGCGAUGAUCAUAUUAAAGAGCUUAACAACGUAUUCGCUAAAGUAGACGAACGACGAAGGAAACGCGAUGUGCCCGAUUUUCUUUGUGGAAAAAUAAGUUUUGAAAUAUUAACUGAUCCCGUUAUUACACCAUCGGGAAUCACAUAUGAGCGCAAGGAUAUUGAAGAACAUUUGCAGCGCGUUGGCCACUUUGAUCCUGUAACUCGAGUUAAACUCACCCAAGAUCAGUUGAUACCAAAUUUCUCAAUGAAGGAAGUUGUCGAUUCUUUUAUUGCUGAGAAUGAAUGGUCAUUAGAUUAUUAAGCCAUUGUUGUUACAAGUAUUUAAUAUAACAACAACAAGAAUACAUUGUAUAUUGUAAUUGUAUAGCUGUUGGAGGCAGUAAAAUAUAAAAAGA